UAUUCAAUGCUCUUGACAAAUACUCAAUUACAAUGACAAAUAACAAAGGGGACAUUGGGUCCCCUUGCCUCAGUCCCCUUUUCCCCUCAAAAUACCCAUGGGUUUCACCUUUAGAAAAAUUAUUAGGGACACAGGAAACUAAUGUGACUCAUGGUGUCACUUUUCAUCAAUAAAAAUAAUAGUUGUAAUCUCAUUUUCAUCUUUUAUUUGUAUUUACCAAGAUGGAUACUUUAGGAAUAAUGAAAAAAUUGUUGCUGAAGCUGUGUGUUUUGGUGCUUCUUCAUCUUCUUCAACGAACUGAUUCUCAUUACAUAGUUGACUAUCUUCCUGGUUUGCCGGGUCGCCUCCCGUUCCAUCUAGAAACCGGGUAUGUUGGAAUUGGUAAAGAUGAAGAGGUGCAACUUUUCUACUAUUUUUUACAAUCAGAAUCUAACCCUACUACUGAUCCUCUUUUGAUUUGGCUAUCUGGUGGCCCUGGUUGCUCCUCUGUCAUUGCCAUUGUGAAUGAAAUAGGGCCGUUGCGUUUUGCUGAACAAGUCUACAAUGGGAGUAUGCCCUCGUUCGUACUAAACCCACACGCAUGGACCAAGAUAGCAAGUGUAAUUUUCUUGGAUCAACCAGUAAAUACAGGAUUCUCAUAUGCAACAAAUUCAGCUGCAUACAAGUACACUGAUGUACAAGCAUGUAAAUAUGUCUAUGAAUUCCUAAGAAAGUGGCUCAGUGAUCAUCCACAAUUCAUCUCAAAUCCAUUUUACAUUUCUGGAAACUCAUAUUCAGGAAUGACUAUUCCAGUUAUAGCUCAGUUCAUCUCAAAUGGAAAUACAGUUGGUAAAGAGCCAUUGAUAAAUCUUCAGGGAUAUUUACUUGGCAAUCCUCUAACAUUUUCACAAGAAUCCAAUUAUCAUAUACCUUUUUGCCUUGGUAUGGGACUUAUACCUGAUGAACUUUAUAAGUCAUUGGAGAUGAAUUGUAGAGGAGAAUAUAUUAGAGAGAUAGAUCCCAACAAUGCGAGAUGUGCAAAUGAUGUUCAAGCUUUCAAUCAGAUGGUAAGGAACAUUAAUGUGGAACACGUUUUAAAACCCUUUUGCAAAAGUGAUGAUGAUCUUCUACGCCCACAUCGAAUAUUAUUUGGUGAAAGAGUACUUCUUGAUAACUCAUCUCUUUGCAACGUGAAGACAAGUGUGCUUGAUUUUAAUUACUUCAGUCUGAUUGGCGCAAGCAUAUGGGGUAUUGGGCUAAUAACCCUGACGUCCAAGAAGCUCUUCAUGUUCGGAAGUGGGGAUCAUGACUUAAUGGUACCUUUCCAAUCCACACAAGUAUGGAUAAAGUCUCUAAACUACUCUAUUGAUGAUGAUUGGCGUCCAUGGAACUUACAUAAUCAAAUUGCUGGGGAGGGGGACACACAGCAUGUACUGACAAACCUGAAGAGUGUUUUGUUAUGUUCAAAAGAUGGAUAAGUCGUAAUCCUCUAUAAAUACUACUCAAUUUCAUCUAUCUAUUUUUUUUAAUAUACAGGGUAUGGUCGAUGUAAAGCACUAAAGGAUUAAUAGAAUUAAUUUGCUUCGACUAUGUAAUAAUACUCAAAGAACUAAAGGAUUAUAAAAGCAUUAUUGUUUGUUCAAAAGUAAUUAA